UGCCGGUGAUGAACUCCAGAGGUGCGGAGAGGAGUUCAUAUGGAGGGCGGGUUCAUGGAGGAGGUGGAGGAAUCAUUUACAUUACUGGGAGAUUUGACCCCCCCUGAGGACGGCAAACAAAAGAGCCAAUCAGAUUCCCCGCAUCCCGGUCACAUGCUCCGUCUCUUCUGCAGGCUCUCCUCACGACUGCAGCCGCUGAUUCCCCGAGGCUGGAUGGAGACAGAAGGACGGAGCCGCUGACAGCAGGAUCAUCCGCGAUGGAGCGUCAGCAGGGAGCGAACGCCUCUCUGUCUCCUCCGACUCUCAGCCCCGCCAUCCCUCCCUACGUCAAGCUGGGCCUGACGCUCGCCUACACCGUCUUCUACUCCGUCCUGUUCGCCUUCAUCUACGCUCAGCUGUGGCUGGUGCUGCGCUACCGGCACAAGCGCUUCAGCUACCAGACGGCGUUCCUGUUCCUGUGUCUGCUGUGGGCGGCUCUGCGCGCGCUGCUCUUCUCCUUCUACUUCAGGGACUGCGUGACGGCCAACGCGCUCGGACCCUUCUGCUUCUGGCUGCUCUACUGCUUCCCCGUCUGCCUGCAGUUCUUCACGCUCAGCCUGAUGAACCUGUACUGCGCUCAGGUUUUCUUCAAGGCGAAGUCGAAGUUCUCUCCUCACCUGCUGAAAUAUAAGUUUCCUCUGUAUCUGCUGUUCGUCGGCGUGAGUCUGCUGUUCCUGCUGGUCAACCUGACUUGUGCGCUGCUGGUGAAGAUGACCGACGCGCAGGUCAAGACCAUCGUCCUAGUGCGCGUCACCAUCAACGACUCGCUCUUCGUCCUCUGCGCCGUCUCGCUGGCUGUCUGCCUCUACAAGGUGGCCAAGAUGUCCCUGGCCAGCAUCUACCUGGAGUCCAAGGGCACGUCGGUGUGUCAGGUGACCCUGAUCGGCCUCACGGUGAUCUUCCUGUACGCGUCGCGGGCCUGUUAUAAUCUGGUGGUUCUGGCUCUCACUGACAUCCAGACCAUAAACUCCUUCGACUACGACUGGUACAACGUGUCGGAUCAGGCGGACCUGCGCUCCAGUCUGGGCGACGCCGGGUACGUGGUGUUCGGAGUGAUUCUGUUCGUCUGGGAGCUGCUGCCCACGUCUCUGGUGGUGUUCUUCUUCCGGGUGCGCAGACCGGCGCAGGAGCGGAUCGGCUCUGCCAUUCCCAGCCACGUCUUCUCAAACAGGCCGUACUUCUUCGACAAUCCCAGACGCUACGACAGCGACGAUGAUUUAGCCUGGCCGUCCCACCCGGUGACCAGCUCAACCAGUUUAUCGACGGACUGGAGCAGCAGCAGCUUCCUGGUCCAUCUGGGAGGAGACGAUCAGCGGUCGCCCUUGGCAACAGCAGCACUAAACCGUUAACGUUUCCACUGAUGCUACAGCUCUGUAAAUCUGAAACGCACCGCACUUUAACCCGCCGACACCACACACACACACACACACGCACGAGCCGCUGGAAGCUCAAUACGUCAUAGAGACGACGCAUUGUAAGUGUGAUUCACCAUGGCAACCAACUCCAGAGCAAUGUGCAUCGUCAUGGCAACCACGGUCAGAGUAACGAAGGCUCUAAACGAGGCUGUGUUCAGAAUGCAGUACAACACACUGCGCACUAGCUCUCAGCAUGUGGAGAGCACAGAUAAAUGCUUCCUGAAGAGCCGACACACAUCCUCCACAGGCUCUGAGGCCGUUUACUCCUGGCAUUAAGAUGCGUUUGCUCGAUCGGAUCACAGGUGGACGAGGGAGACACAUUCCCGUUUACACCUGGUGUUUUAAUCCGUCUCUUUUGUCCUCUUUCAACCACUUCUGUCCUGAUUUCUCAGAGGGGAGGGUCUAUUUGCGGGUAAAUGUGUGGGUUUUUUCGAUCUAAUGGAUGAAAUAAGCUCACGCAAUUUACAUAUGAACGCGACCGGAGACGACGGAAAAACAUUCGGAGAACAUCAGCUUUUAAUUAGUCGUAAGACCGGCUGUGAGUGUGUGUUAGAAAACAGGAACAGUGAGAGAACAUUGUGCUUGGUACGUUUUCAUCUUCAAACCAAACUUGGGUCUACAGCUGACAAAGAUUAAAUCCUGCCUGGCUAGAAUGCUUUCCAAACUGUUCACGCGUUAGGUCAGUAGGUGGAGAGUAGACGGUCUUUAAACACAUUCAAACACAUGAUCGUUUACACUAUGAAAGCAAUCUGGCCCAAUGCGUUUUCAACUACCUCUGGAAGUGGUCGAAAGUGGACAAACUCUAAAGGUUUAGACUCAGUUUACACCUGUGUUUAGUGUCGACUUAAGAGCUCUACAUGAUCCCAGACGAGGAAUAAGAGUCUUAUCUAGAGAAACCAUCGGACAUUUUCUAAAACAAAUAAAACAUUAUAUACUUUUUAACCACAAAUGCUCUGUGAUGCUCCACGCAUUACAUAAUCAUGUUGGAAAGGUCACGUGACGUAGGCGGAAGUACUGCGGUAGGGCGAAAAACUCAUUUUCUCCUCCAACUUCAAAAUCGCCUGACAUUGUUGUUUUACCUUUUUUUGUAAAGGCCGUUUGGUCUUUGCACGUUCGCUCACUCAGUAUUUCCGCCUACGUCACGCGUGACCUCUCCAACAUGAUUACGUAAUGCGUGGCGGUUGAUGGUUGUGUGGAGUGUGAGACAGUCUUGGUCAAAAUGACAACAGAACUCAUUCAGAUCAUCAGCCAGUUGUUGAUUCCCAGCAGACUGAGGUGACGAUGGUGAUGUGUUUGAGGUCUUUCCGCACUGAAGCAGGAUCGUUGGAUUACAACUGUUUUUUCAGCUUUUCAGAGCAGCUUCUCGUCUCUUUCGUCAGUGUGUGUUUGGCCCGUUUCCUCACUUCUGUAGGCAUCUUCUUUGGCUUGACGAAGCUGUGAGUUUUGCAGUGAACUGUGGUUUAUCGUUAUAUGUUAAGUAAGUCCUGACAGUAACGCACAUGUCCUCACAGAAGCUGAUGUAGGAUGUCACAAUAUCAGCGGCUGCGGCUUCAAAAACACACACUGAAAACACAGUAAGAGUGUGUUAAUACACACAUUCUGAACACGGCCUGUGCUGCUUGACGGUGUUUAUUCACACAUCACACCACAACACCAUCACUUUACUUUGUGAUGCCGAUAGAUUAAUUACGAUCAGGCUGAAUAACGUGUGUAAGGCAUGAAUUCAUGUUACUUUAUCUGUUGAAAACAGUAGAGAUUGAAGCACUUAAAUUGACACCGAUGUCUUAUGAUGAUAAACACUAUAUAUUUCACUGGUCAUGUGGAAAAUGUGAUUCUCAUUUGUUGAUUUGUAAUAAGGAUGUUUCGUCACCAUCCACAAAAAAUAAAUUUGCUGUUGAAAUAAGA